UUGUAUUUGAUUGCCCAAGGUUCACUAGAUCCUGCAGGAGCAAGAGAAGGAAACUUGGGAGACAGGGGGCAUUGAAGACUGGGUGGUAGGACUGAAAGACAGGCAAAAAAGGAAGAAAACUGGAAAUGGCAGUUACAGAACAUGAGAUGGGCGUUAUGAGCAGGGAGGAGAGUUAUUGAAAAUGUAAGAUGAACCUAGCUCUGGGUUUAGGAGUGGAGACUGAAGCUGUAAAUGCAAAGAGAAGAGAUCAGAGCUGUGUGAAUGUAACCUGAUGCAGGGAUAAAGAGGAGGGUUCUGAAAUGGCAGCGGGCACAGUGGAAUUUGGCUGGGGCUGCUUUAAGUUGGAGAGAUGAAGCUGUUGGGUGAGAGACCCAGGGUGAGUCAUGAUGGUCUUAUGAGCAGGGGCCUUGUCCAUCUACUUUCCGACUGUUUUCCCAGCACCUCGCCCAGCGUCUGUCACAUAGAAGAUGCUUCAUAUCUGUUGAUCGAAUGUUGAAUAAUAGGGAAAAGCUAGGGAAAAGAGUUUCCCACCUCCCUCUUACCCCAACCUUCAGGCCUAAGUCUGCAUAAGUGGGCAAGUCGGGAAAGUAGAAACUGAAGGAAAGGUCUGGAGGGGAGUUUUCUGAUCAACACUGAGAUCUCAGGUAGAGAGAGGAGAGACUAGGUCAGGGGCACACCCGGAGUCAGCUCAGGGCAGCCACACUUGGAGGGUUGACUCCAGGGUCUGAUCCGGGGAAUCUUUGUAGAGAUAAUAGGAAGAAAACAUGAAUGAACAAUCUUAGGAGCCCAAGAGGAAGAUGUGGAGGAGGGUGGAGAAAGGAGGUGGUUUCCAGAAAAGGUUGGGAGCUGUUUCCAAAGACAGAGUGGGUGGAUUUGAAUUGGAAGUGGCAUCCCGGGCCGACUGCAUUCCCAAUCAUGAAACCACAAUUGAACCCAUCAUACCCCUGCCCUUCCCGCCAUGUGACAAAGAGUUCAUAAAGCAACACCAGGGCCAUCCUAAACACCUUGUCCCAAUCCAGGCAACUCCAAGGAAGUCAGCAUUGGCCAAGUAGACCAACAAGCAGGAGGCACAGACCUGGAUGUAAGAACCCGGUGAGGGAUGGCCUUGAUGCCUGAUUGCUCACUGUUGAAAGAGUCCAGAGGUAUCUGGAAGGUGGGGAGGGAGGCAAGUGAUGCAGAGCUCACCACAACUCUGAAUGAAAUCUGCAGAGAGGUCUCAAUACACAGAAGGUUUAGAGAAAGAUGCACUAGUCAGGGAUUAUAACCUGUCCCGUUUCUGUGGUGAAGAGUCAGAAGGACUCUGAAUGGAUUGGGACUCUAGGAAAGAAGACCUGGAAGGGAGCAAGCAACCUGGGAGCCCUGGGGGAGAGAAUCUGGCUAUAAUAAGAAAGGCCAGGGUGACUGGAGAGUCCUGGGGAGGGGGGCACCCCGAAGGGAGGGCAGUGGUGACUGGGUGCACUGUCAGCCGCCACCAUGGACUUGGGCAGCUCAUAUUUUGCAGCAGGCGACAGGCUGUCGACACGGCGGUCCUUUACCUCACAGUUAGAAACUCAUUUCAUUGAUUUUUCCAUCUUUCUUCUCUGGCUUCUCAGUCAUCCCACCACUCACUUUCCCAGAGCCCCUUGCCUCUCUGGGGAAUGCCCCAGGGGACUGCCUGCCCACCCCUCCUCCACCCCAGGCUCAUGUGACAGGGGUUAAAGAUUUAGAGGGCCUUCUAGCACCCCCCCCCCCCCCCCCCCCCCGAGGUAAUCCCAUUGGUUCUCAGUAGCCCCCUCUUGUAGGAACUAGUCCAGAGACCAGGGCCUCUGUUAGGUCGUUCAGGAUGCCCAGUUAAGAGGGGACAGGGCUAAGAUCCACCUGUUUUGUCACCAAGCUAUACCACUGAAGUGCAGGCUGCAUGUCCCUGGAAGGAGACAUCUUUUUCUAAUUCCUCCUGACACAGCUUUGUAUCCCUUAAAAUUUUUCUUUCAAAGUCAAGUGAGAGAACAGGAGCGGCCUCUGUGUUUGGACAGGAAUAAGGGAUUACAUUAAAGCUAAGCUUCUAGCCUUGGAGUCACAUCAGGGCCAUCCACUGGAACGGUGCUUGCACAGGCGCCUGUGCAAUUAGGAGGACAUAGUAGCAAGAGCUCUCUUCUCAGAGAAGAAGGUAAAUGUAUGCAGUGUCUAGUUCAGUGUAGUGUGUUGACCUGCAGGCAGUGGGGCAGGAUGGGUGUGGGUCAGAAAUUUUUACUUCAUGUGUGGACAUAUCCCUAGUGCCUCCUCCAGUCACAGCCAGCUACCCUCAGCCUCUCCCUCUGGGGCUGGGAUUGGACAAAAGGUUAAGAGUCAAUUGCCAGUCAUUUGGCUUCUCAGUGAAGGAAGGCAGAGGGUGGGACAGAAGUGUUAGAUGGGGUUUCCCUGAGGAACGAAUGGGAUACAUGCCCUUUCUAUCCUCAAAAUUUUCAGUCCUUGUUUUGCUAGUGACCCCCCCCCCCCCCCCCAGCUCAGUCUUAUGGCUCUGUCCUCCUUUUUCUCUCUGGUCUCUGGGAGGUUGUUUCUCUGGGGCCCAGUGUGUCUUGGGUGUGGGGUGUCUGAAUCUAGAUUCUGCUACCUCCUCUGACUCAUGGGCCUGUCUGCCCCCCUGGCAACUGUCUUCCUUUCUGUCCAGCCACUUCCAGGUUCUGGACCACUGGCCUACUUGGGCCGGAAUGCCUUCUUCCAUCUUGUUUCUCCCAGCUACCCGAUUUUCAAAACCCAGAGGGUACUUGCCGUCACGCUGAAAUGAACCCCCGGCACUCCUCCGUCUGCCAUGGCCACCCUUAACUCAUCCUCUACCACUGGCACCACCCCCACCCCUGGACACAAUGCCCCGUCUCCGCCUCCGGACACCUCCCCCCCUGGCACCCCCGCUGAUCCUGUCACCAAAGAUCCCCCUGCUGCCCCCUCCACCUCUGAGAGCAUGAGGCCCUCAGAGCCAGGGGGACAGGCCCUGGAGUCGGGCUGUGGCCUCGUCCCACCAAAGGAGACUGGGGAGCCCCGAGAAGAGGCUGGCUGUGGUGGCUUCUCACCAAAGGACCUAGGAGUGCAAGAGGACAAGGAGCAGGAGGAGGAAGGAGGAGGGUUCCCUCCCGUGGACCUAAGCAACCAUUUAUUCUUCACAGCUGGUGGUGAGGCCUACCUAGUAGCCAAGCUGUCCCUGUCAGGUGGCAGUGAACUCCUGUUACCAAAGGGCUUCCCCUGGGGCGAGGUGGGAAUCAAGGAGGAGCCCAGCUUGCCCCUCCUUGCCCACCUACCCUCUGCACACCUCACUGCCCUUCACAUCCAACAUGGCUUUGACCCAAUCCAAGGCUUUAGCUCUUCUGACCAAAUUCUGUCCCAUGAUACCUCAGCGCCAUCUCCGGCCACCUGUGAGGGAAGGGAUGGAGCCUUCUGGAGCUACCAGCUGGCUCCAAACCCACCCGGAGAUCCCAAAGAUGGCCCUAUGGGGAGCAGGGGAGGAGACCACAGGGCACUCUUCUGGCUCUGCCUCCUGUGCCGCCUGGGUUUCAGCAGGGCCCAGGCCUUUAUGGGUCACACACAGUCUCAUGGGGUGAAGCUAACCCCUGUUCAACAUCUGGGCCUGCCCAGUAAUGCAGCUGUGCUUCAGGUGGGAGAUGAGGGCCGCAUGGCCCUCCUAAGCUUUCUGGAACCAAAACCACCUGCUCGCCCCCCUUUAGAAAUGCCCCUUGAUAAUAGCAGCAUGGUGAACACAGAGGCCAAUGUAGCCCAGACUGAGGAUGGUCCCCCUGAGGCAGAAGCUCCUGUCCUGCCUGCGGAAGAAGUCAGGGCACUUAGCCCACCCUCCCCCGCAACAACUCCCGCCACCUGGGACCCCAGCCCAACCCAAGCCAAAGAAUCGCCAAUGGCAGCUGGCGAGGCAGGGCCAGAUUGGUUCCCGGAGGGGCAAGAAGAGGAGGGAGGGCUCUGCCCCCCAAUGAACCAAAGCUCACCUGCCUCUAAGGAGGGGGGCACUCUCUCUGCCCCAGUCGGCUCCCCCGAAGACCCCAGCGACCCACCCCAGCCCUACCGCCUAGCUGAAGACUACACCCCAGCCCCUGCGGCCUUCCAGGGCCUCAGCCUGUCCAGCCACAUGUCUCUGUUACACUCUCGCAACUCCUGCAAGACGCUCAAGUGUCCCAAGUGCAACUGGCACUACAAGUACCAGCAGACCCUGGAUGUGCACAUGCGGGAAAAGCACCCUGAGAGCAAUAGCCACUGCAGCUACUGCAGCGCCGGGGGCGCCCACCCCCGCCUCGCCCGUGGAGAGAGCUACAACUGUGGCUACAAGCCCUACCGCUGCGAUGUCUGCAACUACUCCACCACCACCAAGGGCAACCUCAGCAUCCACAUGCAGUCUGACAAGCACCUGGCCAACCUGCAGGGCUUCCAGGCAGGCCCCGGUGGGCAGGGCAGCCCCCCGGAGGCGCCACUCCCAUCCUCUGCCGGGGACAAGGAGCCCAAGACCAAAUCAUCCUGGCAGUGCAAGGUGUGCAGCUACGAGACCAACAUCUCCCGCAACCUGCGCAUCCACAUGACCUCUGAGAAGCACAUGCAGAAUGUCCUCAUGCUGCACCAGGGGCUGCCGCUGGGCCUGCCGCCUGGACUGGUAGGGCCGGGGCCCCCGCCCCCCGCAGGAGCUGCCCCUGCCACCCCCCCUGAGCUCUUCCAGUACUUCGGACCGCAGGCCCUGGGGCAGCCUCAGGCUCCCUUGCCUGGCCCCGGGCUGAGGCCAGACAAGCCCCUGGAAGCCCAGCUGCUUCUCAACGGCUUCCACCACCUCGGAGCGCCUGCUCGCAAGUUCCCCCCACCAGCCCCUGGCAGCCUCUCCCCGGACACCCACCUGCCUCCAAGUCAGCUCCUGGGUUCCUUGUCUGACAGCCUGCCCACCUCACCACCCCCAGAUGACAGCCCGUCCCUGAAGGUGUUCCGCUGCCUAGUGUGCCAGGCCUUCAGCACAGACAACCUGGAGCUGCUGCUCUACCACUGCAGCGUGGGCCGAAGCCUCCCGGAGGCUGAAUGGAAGGAGGUGGCCGGUGACACCCACCGCUGCAAGCUCUGCUGCUAUGGCACUCAGCUCAAGGCCAACUUUCAACUCCACCUCAAGACUGACAAACAUGCUCAAAAGUACCAGCUGGCAGCCCACCUGAGGGAGGGGGGUGGGGCCGUGGGCACCCCCUCCCCAGUGCCCCUGGGAGAUGGGGCUCCUUAUGGCUCCGUUCCCCCCUUGCACCUGCGCUGCAACAUCUGUGACUUUGAGUCCAACAGCAAGGAGAAGAUGCAGCUGCACGCCCGGGGCGCAGCCCAUGAAGAAAAUAGCCAGAUCUAUAAGUUUUUGCUGGAGAUGGAGGGGGCCGCGGCAGGGGCUGAGCUGGGGCUGUUCCGCUGCCUGCUGUGUGCCUGGGAGACCCCCUCCCGCCUGGCUGUGCUGCAGCACCUACGUGCACCGGCCCACCGCGACGCCCAGGCCCAGCGGCGUCUGCAGCUGCUGCAGAGUGGCCCUGCAGCCGAGGAAGGGCUCUCGGCUCUUCAGAGCAUCCUGAGCUUCAGCCAUGGGCAGCUCCGGACUCCCGGGAAGCCUCCUGUCACCCCCUUAGCUGAGCUGCCCACCCCUGAAAAAGACGCUCAGAACAAGACAGAGCAAUUGGCUUCUGAAGAGGUCGAGAACAAGUCUGGCUCUCGAGGAGACAGUGCCAACCAGACCACGGUCAGAACUGGGGUAUUCUGCUGUCCAUACUGCAGCUUCCUGAGCCCUGAGCCCGAACAGGUGAGGGCUCACACCCUCUCCCAGCAUGCAGUGCAGCCCAAGUACAGGUGUCCGCUGUGCCAGGAGCAGCUGGUGGGCCGACCUGCCUUGCACUUCCACCUUAGCCACCUUCACAAUGUGGUGCCCGAGUGCGUUGAGAAGCUGCUGCUUGUGGCAACAACUGUAGAGAUGACCUUUACGACCAAAGUGCUGCCUGGGCCCACUCUAUGCCCACUGGGGGAUGCCCCAGAGCCCCCUGCUCCGGGGCCAGAGCCUGAACCCAGCAGAGAACAAGGAGCAGAAGGCCCUCAGCUGACCCCAGAAGCCAGUCCUGAUCCUCUUCCUGAGCCUCCCCCGCCCUUACCUGAGGCCCCAGACAAGCCCCCAGGAAGCCCUGAUCAACCCCCUUCUCCAGCCCCAUCGCCAGCCUCUCGGCCUGAUGUCCUGGCGGAAGAAUUGGCCCCUCCACCCACCAUGGCUGAGGAGGAAGAGGGGCGUGUGGGGGAGCUCCGCCCUGCAGAGCCAGCUCCAUCUGACUCUCGCCACCCUCUGACCUAUCGGAAGACCACCAACUUUGCCCUGGACAAGUUUCUUGACCCUGCCCGGCCCUAUAAGUGCACUGUGUGUAAGGAGUCCUUCACACAGAAGAAUAUCCUUCUGGUCCAUUACAACUCUGUCUCUCACCUGCACAAGAUGAAGAAGGCUGCCAUUGACCCGUCCGGCCCUGCCCGAGGAGAGGCAGGUGCUGCGCCUCCCACUGCUGCUGCCACAGACAAGCCCUUUAAGUGCACUGUCUGCCGAGUCUCCUACAACCAGAGCUCCACCCUAGAGAUCCAUAUGCGCUCAGUUCUGCACCAGACUCGCUCUCGGGGGACCAAGACUGACGCCAAGGCCGAGGGGCCAGAGCGUGGCCAAGAAGAGCCCAAGGAGGGUGAGACUGAGGGGGAGACUGGCACAGAGAAGAAGGGCCCUGACCCUGGUGGCUUCGUAUCUGGGUUGCCCUUCCUGUCGCCUCCCCCACCCCCCUUGGACCUACACCGAUUCCCAGCACCCCUCUUCACCCCACCAGUCUUGCCCCCCUUCCCUCUGGUGCCGGAAUCACUGCUUAAGCUCCAGCAGCAACAGCUGCUCCUGCCCUUCUACCUCCAUGACCUCAAGGUGGGGCCCAAGCUGGCAUUGGCUGGGCCCACACCCCUGCUGUCUCUGCCAGCUGCCACUCCUCCUCCCCCGCCCUCUAAGGCUGAGCUGGCUGAGCGGGAGUGGGAGCGGCCUCCCAUGGCGGAAGAGGGGAAUGAGGCGGGGCCCGCCUCGCCCCCCAACUCCACGCCCAAUGAAGCAGCCCGCACUGCAGCCAAAGCCCUUCUAGAAAACUUUGGCUUUGAGCUGGUGAUCCAGUACAACGAGGGGAAGCAGGCUGUGCCCCCUCCCCCGACCCCACCCCCACCAGAGGCCCUGGGGGGUGGAGACAAGCUGGCCUGUGGGGCCUGUGGGAAACUCUUCUCCAAUAUGCUUAUCCUCAAGACACAUGAGGAGCAUGUCCACCGCCGAUUUCUGCCCUUUGAGGCCCUGAGCCGUUAUGCUGCUCAGUUUCGAAAGAGCUACGAUAGCCUAUACCCACCCCCUGCAGAGCCCCCCAAACCUCCUGAUGGGUCCCUGGAUUCACCAGCUCCCCAACUGGGCCCUCCCUUCCUGGUCCCAGAGUCUGAGGCAGGGGGGGCCCGUCCCUCUGAGGAGCGAAGCCGGGCAGGAGGACGCUGGCCACCAGAGGAGGAAGAAAGCUCCAGAGGGAAUCUGCCUCCCCUACUGCCUACAGGCCGCAGGUUCUCCAGAACCAAGUUCACAGAGUUCCAGACCCAAGCCCUACAGUCUUUCUUCGAGACCAGUGCCUACCCCAAGGACGGAGAAGUGGAGCGGCUUGCAAGUCUCUUGGGCCUGGCUACCCGUGUGGUGGUAGUGUGGUUCCAGAAUGCCCGCCAGAAAGCACGCAAAAAUGCCAUCGAGGGGGGGCCUGUGCCGACCGGAGGGGGCAGCGGGGGAGCCUCUGGCUGCAGGCGCUGCCAUGCCACCUUCUCUUGUGUUUUUGAGUUGGUGCGGCACCUCAAGAAAUGCUAUGAUGACCAGCCCCCUGAAGAGGAGGAGGAAGAGGCAGAGAGGGGGGAAGAAGAAGAAGAGGUAGAGGAGGAGGAUGCAGAGGAAGAACAGAGCCUCGAACCCCCCGCACGCCCCGGGGGCCCGUCACCUGAACCUGCAGACAGGGAAGAACUGAGCCAAGCAGAGGCAACAAACCCAGGAGGCAAAGAGCCUGAAGGGAGGGCCCCUUCCUCGCCUUCCCCAGUCCACGCUUGUGACCAGUGCACCAUGUCUUUCCCCAGCCAAGACCUCCUGACCAGUCACCGCCGGCUACACUUCAUGCCAUCCCUGCAGCCCGGUGCUGCACCCCACCUCCUAGAUCUGCCAUUGCUGGUGUUUGGGGAGCGAAGCCCCCUGGUGGCAGGUGCUCCACAGGCCCCAGGGCCACUGCUGAAACGGAAGCAUGAGGAGGGCAGCCUGUCCCCAACGGGCAGUGAGGCAGGGGGUGGAGGGGAGGGCGAGCCCCCCAGGGACAAGCGCCUACGUACCACCAUCCUGCCCGAGCAGCUGGAGAUCCUGUACCGUUGGUACAUGCAAGACUCCAACCCAACGCGCAAGAUGCUCGACUGCAUCUCCGAGGAGGUGGGACUCAAAAAGCGGGUGGUGCAGGUCUGGUUCCAGAACACCAGGGCCCGGGAGAGGAAAGGCCAGUUUCGAAGCACCCCUGGUGGGGUGCCCAAUCCAGCAGUCAAGCCCCCCAUCACUCCUGCCCCUGCAGCCUUCCCCAAGUUCAACCUCUUGUUGGGCAAGGUAGAUGAUGGAUCUGGGAGGGAAGCCCCAAAGCGGGAAGCACCUGCUUUUCCCUAUCCACCAGUUACUCCUGCUGCCGGGCCCCUGGCUUUCCUACCACCUGGGAAGGAGGCCACCACCCCAACACCAGAGCCACCUCUACCUCUCCCACCUCCCCCUCCACCCAGUGAGGAAGAGGCUACAGAGGAACCUUCUAAAGCUUCACCAGAGAGCGAGGCUUGCAGUCCAUCGGCAGGGGAUCUCAGCGAUUCGUCUGCUUCCAGUCUGGCCGAACCAGAGUCUCCUGGGGCUGGGGGAAGCAGUGGAGGAACAGGAAGUGGGGUCGGGGUUCCAGAUGGAAUGGGGCAGCGGCGCUACAGGACCCAGAUGAGCAGCCUGCAGUUGAAGAUCAUGAAAGCCUGUUAUGAAGCCUACCGUACCCCAACCAUGCAGGAGUGCGAGGUGCUGGGGGAGGAGAUUGGGCUGCCCAAGAGAGUCAUCCAGGUCUGGUUCCAGAAUGCUCGUGCCAAGGAAAAGAAGGCCAAACUGCAGGGGGCGGCAGUUGGUGGGGCUGGGGGCAACGGUGAGGGCCCCUUGGGAGCCCAGCGCACCGACUGCCCCUACUGUGACGUCAAGUAUGAUUUCUAUGUCUCCUGUCGAGGCCAUCUCUUUUCCCGCCAGCACCUGGCCAAGCUCAAAGAGGCAGUCCGAGCCCAGCUGAAGAGUGAAAGCAAGUGCUACGAGUUGGCCCCAGCACCUGAGGCACCCCCAGCUCCCAAGGCCCCACCGGCCACCACACCUGCCUCUGUGCCCCUUGGAGCUGGCCCGGCCCUGCCUCGCCUGGCCCCGGUCCUCUUGUCUGGUCCAGCUCUGGCCCAACCCCCGCUGGGCAGCCUAGCUCCUUUCAAUUCAGGCCCUGCAGCCUCCUCGGGCCUCCUGGGCCUCGCCACUUCAGUCCUGCCUGCUACCACAGUGGUCCAGACUGCUGGCCCAGGCUGCCCCUUACCUCAGAGACCUGUGCCCGAACAAACUAACAACUCCACAACAGGCACCACUGACCCUGCCCCAGGCCCCCCUACUGAGCCCUCCGGGGACAAGGUCUCUGGUGAGCGCAAGCCAGUUGCAGCGCCCACCAACUCCUCCACUGACGCCCUCAAGAACCUCAAAGCACUGAAGGCUACAGUCCCAGCCCUGUUGGGGGGCCAAUUUCUGCCCUUCCCAUUGCCCCCCGCAGGGGGGGCAACACCACCAGCUGUCUUUGGCCCCCAGUUACAGGGGGCCUACUUCCAACAGCUCUAUGGGAUGAAGAAGGGGCUAUUUCCCAUGAACCCCGUGAUACCUCAGACCCUCAUCGGACUGCUCCCCAACGCCCUCCUCCAGCCACCACCCCAGCCCCCUGAGCCCACAGCCACAGCACCUCCAAAGCCGCCCGAACUGCCUGCUCCAGGGGAGGGGGAGGCCGGGGAGGCGGAUGAGCUGCUGUCAGGCAGUACCGGCAUCUCCACCGUGGAUGUGACCCACCGCUAUCUGUGCCGCCAGUGCAAGAUGGCAUUUGAUGGGGAGGCCCCGGCCACAGCUCAUCAGAGAUCCUUCUGCUUCUUUGGGCGGGGCUCAGGGGGUUCUGUGCCCCCCCCGCUGCGGGUGCCCAUAUGCACCUACCAUUGCCUGGCAUGUGAGGUGCUGCUGAGUGGGCACGAAGCCCUGGCCUCCCACCUGCGCUCCUCGGCCCACAGGCGCAAGGCGGCCCCACCCCCAGGGGGCCCACCCAUCACCGUCACCAACGCCGCCACUGCCGCCACGGCUGCCGUGGCUUUUGCCAAAGAGGAAGCAAGAUUACCUCACACGGACUCCAACCCAAAAACUACUACUACCUCUACACUUCUAGCUUUAUAAACAGAUAAACCAAGAUGGGGGGAGAGGGGAAGGCCUCAGGGCUCCCUCCCUUACUCCAAGGGGUGUUCGGUGGGAGCUCAAAUCCCUCACCCCAACCCUCAGCUCCGCCCACCUCACGGGAAUAUUUAAAUUCCCACCCUCAGUGGGCUUCACACACCCCACCUCCAGCAGAGUCCUGCCUCCUCCCCUGCCCCCAGACACACACUGAUCCUCUGCGGCUCAUUGCCCCAUCUUCACAGACACCCACUUUGUCCUCCUGAUGGUCCACUCAUCUCUGCCCUGCCCGCCACACACAAGAUCUAUCCUUGAGUCCAUCUUCCUACAACCUUUUCCCCACUGGAUUCCCAGUCACCCCCCCCCCCCCAAAACACAGUCAACCCCCGCGAAGACACAAGUACAUGUUAUCCCAUGCUGUUCUACUGACUGAGAAAACACCAAAACAUAAAAAAUUAAAAAAAAAGAAGAAAAUAAAGAAAACCCAAGGCAAAGAAGGGGUAAGGAAAACAAACAUUGCUACUCCCCCUUCUCCUUACCCCCUUGUCUAGAGCGUCACACAGCUCACAAACUUUCCAAAUACCCAGUUGGCUCCCAAGGUUGGAGCCUGGGAUGGGCAGGGAGCCCACAAAACUCGAACCAAACUGGAGGCUGGCAGGGGGAGAAGUGCUUGCAGCUCACUCUCCCCACACCCCUCCCUCUUAACCCUCUCCUCGCCUGACAGGGGAGCCCCUGCGGCCUGGACUCUAGGGGAAGCCGCCGCCAGGAACCCCUCUGCCAACCCCCACCCUGCACCCUGGGAACUGCAGUAGCAUAUUCUCAAAGGCUUUAAACACAGAGAUCCUCUCAGCAGCCGUGGGCCUGCCCCUUGUCCCAUCCCUGCCACGUGGGGGUCCAGCCUCCGGGACCGGCGCUGCCCACCAACGGCAAAUCCAAAGUUCUUUUAUUAAAAAAAACAAAAAAAAACAAAAAAAAAAAACCUGAAACACAGACACGACCAAAAAAAAAAAAA